GAGGAGCAGGAGGAGGAAGGCAGGGGGCGGUACGGGGGCGGGCUCUCCCCGCCGCGCCGCCGCCGCCCCAGCCCGGCCGCAGAGAGCGAGCCGCCGCCGCAGGAGCCGCCAUGGGGGUGGAGGGCUGCACCAAGUGCAUCAAAUACCUCCUCUUCGUCUUCAACUUCAUCUUCUGGCUGGCCGGAGGGAUCAUCCUGGGAGUGGCCCUGUGGCUUCGCCAUGACACGCAGACCACCAGCAUCCUCUACCUGCAGCUGGGGGACAAGCAGGCCCCCAACACCUUCUAUGUCGGAAUCUACAUACUGAUUGCGGUCGGUGCUGUCAUGAUGUUCGUGGGCUUCCUGGGAUGCUACGGCGCUAUCCAGGAGUCUCAGUGCCUUCUGGGAACGUUCUUCACUUGCCUGGUGAUCCUGUUCGCCUGCGAAGUUGCGGCUGGAAUUUGGGGAUUUGUCAACAAAGACCAAAUAGCCAAAGAUGUGAAGCAGUUCUACGACCAAGCGUUCCAGCAGGCGCUCAUGGCAGAUUCGGACGCGAGCAACGGGAAGGCCGUAGUGAAGACCUUUCACGAAACGCUGGAUUGCUGUGGUCCUGAUACUGCAAUAGGAACUCUCCCUGCGCUGUGGAGAGAGGACCUCUGCCCGAAGGCCAUACAGAAAGUCUUUGUUCAGAACUUGAGCUGCCACAAAAAGAUUGACGAGCUCUUCUCCGGGAAGCUGUACCUGAUCGGUAUUGCUGCCAUUGUGGUCGCCGUGAUCAUGAUCUUCGAAAUGAUCCUGAGCAUGGUGCUGUGCUGUGGCAUAAGGAACAGCUCCGUCUACUGAGACGUGAGAGCCGCUGAGGGGAAGGGGGGAGCAGGGCAGACGGCGCUGGAGGAGACCCCAAGUGCCACCAAGUGACCAGGAGACAUUUCAACAAAAGACAAAGAAACCUAUGUAUAUAAAUACUUCCAAUAUUACCAUACAGUACUUAUCAUUUUUCUUUUGAAGUACUUUUUUUUUUUUUUUUUAAUAAAUAAAACUUUCCCAUAUCCUUGUGGCUGAGUUAGUUACACAUCAGUUUUGUGUGAUAGGGAAAGCUGCUGUAGCAGGAGAUCUAGUCCUUCCUCCCCUUUCCCCACCCCAAAAAAAUCAGAAAUAUCGUUGGUGGAGGAUGUACAGAGGGGAAGGCUGCAGCCUGUUCUCAGAAAUCUUUGCCUUGGUUUUCACUCUUUUUCAGCACGGACUGUUUAUUUUUUUUUUUUAAUAUAUAUAUAUAUAUAUAUAUAUAUAAAAUUUGAUGACGAAGCAGGAUUUAGCAUUUUUGUUCAUUUGUUCUCUUUUCCCACCAUCACCCUGAUUCCCUGGCUUUUCCAAGCCUGGGAGAGAGGAGAGGAAGCAGCCCCAGUUGUCUUGGUGUGAUGUUUCCCAGGGGAGAUAGAGGUGCAUUGCUCCUAUUGGACCUGUUUGCAACACUAAAUAAACUCUUAACAGAAGUCACAAUUUUUGCAUUCUCUGAAGAGUGCAGAUGUUUUGCGCUUUUUUUUUUUUUCCCUGGGGGUUAUAACUUUAUAAAUUGGCUCAUUUCCACCUAUUCAUAACAUUAAGGGUCAGUUGCUGGGGGUGAAUUUUAGUCACAAUUUUUCAAAUAUAAUCACCUGAAAACAAAGUCACUUUUUUUUUAACCUUGUUAAAUGUUUCUUUAUAGACAUAAUAUUUUGGGAGAGACUAGUGUUGUACAAAGUUCCCACUGUUAAGCUGAUGCCUAGAUACAAAUGAUAUUAGGGGAAAAAAAAAAGGAAAAAAAAGAUGGAAGAAAAGUCCUUAACCUUAACAAUCCUACAUUUACAUAUUGCAGAAUGACUUUGGGGGAUUUCCAGAUGUAUACAUACAUGUUUAAAUUUCAUCUUUACAUCACUCUUCUAUUGAGUGAAAUUUUCCUUGCUUAUAGCAUAUCAUCACACACUGUAACAUUGCUGGGAAAAUUUCAUAACUUGAUUUUGAAAAAAAAAAAUUGCUUAUUUCUUAAGACUUUCCAUUUCCAGUUACAAUAACAGCAGGAGAUGAGCUUAUCAAAGCAAGGGAAUUCUGGAUUUGAGAUUGUACCAGUUGAAACGCUUUUUUGUUCCCUGGUAAGCUUUGAUUGCCAGUUAUGUGUACGUGGCCUCUGUUGUAUGCCACUCUGUUACUGUGUACAUAAGAAGGGAAGAGUGACCCAGGAUCUAUGUAAUAAAAAUCAGAGUGUCUCUAAAAAGAUGAUCUAUGUGUAUAGUUCUAUAGAUAUAUAUUUUUAAGCAAAGCCUUUUCCUUAGCCGGAGGGGCACUUGAGCUGGAAAUGCUAGCAUCUCUCAGCUCUUUGCCAUGUUGAAGCAGGGGAGGGGAGGAGUUAAAACCUGCAAUCACCUUCCUCACUUCAGGAAUAUUUCCAUUUCUUAAAGCAUUUCACUUUCCCCCUCACCUUCAAGUUGCAAUUAAGAGCUCCAAAUCGGACAGGGAGAGAGACCCGGGACUAUUAUGAACUAGCACCUUGUCCAUGGCAUGUGGGUGCCAUGGCUUCUACCAAAAGGGGACAGGAGAUUACUGCACUGAGGCGAGCUGAUCCGUGCAGAGGCUUUUCUCCCCUUCCACUCAGCCCUUUUCUGUCCCUACCUUUUAGUAUAUAGGGCCUUCUAAAAAGUCUAUAUAGGGGUAUAUAUAUGAAAUUGUGCUAGGUAAGAGGAGGAAGUGCUUCAACACAUCUUUGGUUUGAGUGGGUUGGAGAAAAAAUUCAGCCUUAGAAACAGCCUUAAAAGCAACACUGCCCUGAAUGUCCACUUUGUGCACAUGGAGAAUGAGACUCGGUUUGGCAAUAGGUAAUCCCUUCCCCUGCUCCCCAGCGUAGCUCCUUCAGGUCAUCUACUCUGUUAUGUGGCUAUAUGUAUAUGCAUCAACCAAGCGUGUGUGUUUACAUAUAUAUGCAUCAGGAUUGUUAGCAUACAGAAUGGAUGUGUAACUUGCCGCCUUUUUUGUUGACUGUUGAUAAAUGUGUAUAAAUAUGCCAUUAAGCAUUUCAAUUCUGUUUUCUUUCCUUACACCGUAUUUUUGAUAUUGUUCAGUAUUCAGUUGAUGCUGCGUAAGUAGCUGAAGCUCUGUUUGAAGACUGACUGGGUCCUCCCUGCAGAGAACUCAGUGCAGAUCAGGCACGUCCUUGGAUGUUGUAGCUUUGGGGGUCUGCGUUGUCCUGUGCAGGAUCAACUGGGAGAAAAGUGAUGCUUGGAGAGGGAGCCAGGGCUGUGGGAGGAAGAAGAGCAGAGUGUUUGCUCAGACUAUGUGCCACGCUGGCUGCCAUUUGCUCUUUGGCUCCUUUCAGAGGAGAGCUCCCUGUGCCACCUCCUGUCCCUGUGGAUGCAGGAACCAGAGCUGGACAGGAGGGAAGCGGCCAGGGCUGUGAAUGUCCUGGGGAGAUCUGAAGGAGUUCUGCAGGGAGACAGUAAUGCUUGCUUUGCAAUUCAGCCGAGGGUCCCCAUGUUUGACUGCAUGGUCAGUCCCCAAAUGGAUGAUAGAUGAAAUUGAGGGCUGUAAAUACAAACCUUCCCCCUCCAAGGAAGCAUAUUCCUGGAGCAAGUGGCAGCUGAGAAAAUGGCUGCAAGCCUGAGCAGGGAGGAGAGGGGCAGGUGGGGAGAAGCAGAGUGAACUAUCCAGGUCUAAGUUCAAAGACCACAUGGAAAGGUCAAACAGAGCCACUGACAGCUUAACUGAAUGCUUGGGAUUUUUUCAUACUGUGGAGCAUGCCACAAAGCAGUGUGUUUAACUUCUUUCUGCCUUUUUUUUUUUUAAAGAAACAAAAAAAAAAUCAAUUUAAUAAACAUUUCUCAUCGUG